UUUCAGAUGGUUUGCAAACUUGAGUUAUAUCUACAACCUGCUUUCCCUGACACCCGGAGUAAACUCAGUUGGAAUAUAAUUCUCUCAUGAAAAGGAGGAAUACUGCAAGUUAUUAGAUUUGACGAGAAAAGGGUGACUCAUAGGAAUUUGGGUUGGGAUAAGCAGUUAUACUGAUGGAUAUGGGUUCGGAGAGAUGAGCGUAGAUCCAACCCUGCUCCAAACUGUGCUAUGGAACCCUACCCGCUGCAGUAAUUUUAACGCCGGUGUAAGAACGGAGCGCAAUACAAUAUUUCCUACAUUCACUCAUUUGCUGCCGUGAAGAUAAGACGGAGAGCAGGGUGAGCUUAGAGUAGAACUGUAUAAAUUCUUAACCAAGAGAUACUUGAAUUUCGUCCUCACGGAUUUAGCCAAAUCUUGGCCGUUUUAGAAAGCAAGCUAUGUCGGGUAUGGAGUUCAGUCGAACCAUGAUUUGGUUUUCUGUAUUUUUAUUUGCCUUAAUCUACAGGGUUCAGUGUAAAGAUAUCGCAUCAUGCUGUACAAAAAUAAAGAUUGCAACCAAUGGGGACGCAAUUAAACAUCAAAGCAACAGAGUUGGAGAAUACCUACUGUACGGUGUACUAGCUGACCGUCCUAUAUAUAAGCACGCUAGGAAGGAAGAAUACCUAUUUUAUCUGAUGAGUAGGAACAAGGGAUUGUGGAUGGUCGGACCUAAACCAGCUCAGUUCAACGGAGGACUAGCUCAUAGAGGAGAUGCACUGUGUGUUGAAGAUGUUGCUAAAGAGCAGUGGAAGUAUACUGAUGGAUCAGCCUGGCACAUUGAUUCACUUCUCACAGUAUCCUGUCUAGAUUCAGGAUCCAGGCCGGAGUGUGUCUACAAUGACGGAGUACAGUUUCUUGGUGGAGAUUUACCGGAGGAGUUUGGCGGAGGAGGAAUCCAGACAAGUGCAAACAGCUCUGGUCAGUGUAUAGAGGAAUGUGAGAAGAGGGCUGGGUGUCAAUACUGGACUUGGGCGCAUCAGGACGGAGUUAACUGUUUCCUGAAGUUUGACAAGGUUGAGACGGUGAGACGACCUAAGUUUGUUUCAGGCUCUAUACCCAGCGCUUGUAUUACACAUCAAAAUACUCAAGAGCAGUCAGUUUGCACAUAUGAAGGGAUUGAUUUCGUUGGAGGAGAUCUUCUGAGCAUUCCAGCAACUAGCGUGGACGACUGUCGUCAGCAGUGUACUGAGCAGGUCUCUUGUAAACUAUUUACAUUCGUCCCAGCAGAGAAUAGAGGUUGUUAUCUGAAAACUGAAGCUGUUAAAGCACAAGCAGAAGAGAAUGUUAUAUCCGGAGCAGUUGCAAGUAUCUGCGAGGAGUUUGUGCUUCCACACGUACCUGGAGAUAAUUCAAACUCAGUUUACGAGAAGAACGAAAUCAACGGAAAGUUCAAGAUACUAAUGGAGUUCCGAGAGGAGUUGAAUAACCCUGACUCCAAGGAGUUCAAGGAUCUGUCCGGAGCAAUGGAGAAAUAUCUGACGGAGAUGCUCACAAGCGACCCAGAGCUCAAUGAACAGGCAACAUUUGAUGUUCGGGUUGAAAGUUUCCAACCUGGGAGCGUGGUUUGUAAUUUUAAAGUCAACUAUAUUCUGAAAGAAGCAUACCUAGCCAUUCCCUUUGCAAUCCAGCCCAGUAACGUUACCGACUCCCUUGGGAACAGUUUCAAGUUUAAAAAGGGAAUCUUGUUUCAGAGGUUUCUCAUUGCUGCAGGUUCAUUCAAGGGAUCUUCUCCUGUAGACCACUGUGCUGAGAAGGGUUGUUCUCAUAAGUGCAACUAUGAUUAUGAGGCGGAAGAUUAUAUUUGCACCUGUCCACCAAACCUUGUCCUUGACACUGACUCUAAAACCUGUAUCGAAUCUGAGGAUGCUGAAAAAGAGGAAAAAGAAGGAACAGAAGAAAAAACCACAAUCGAACCUGAAAUAUCCGUUUCUCUACUCCCAACCACUUGUCUCUGGUCCCCCUGGUCCGACUGGAGCGCAUGCUCCUGUGACAAGAAAUCUGAGAGAAGCAGAACUAUCGCUAUUCCCGCCAAGAACGGUGGACUCUGUUCUGGAAAGUAUCGAGAAGUUGUGGAUUGUGAAUCUUCAGAGCCUUGUCAGGAGAAUACAGAGGAGGUUACUGAGACAAUAACAGAGGAAGAUGCGGUUACAGACUCAUUUGGAGUAAGGAUUGCAGAACCUAUUGAGGAUACUGAAGCUGUAACUGUGACUGAACAAUCUACUGAACAAAGCUCAGAGUUCACCACUGAAGGAGUCUACAUUAUUGAAGCUACUGAAACCGCAGAGAAUACUGAAUCAUCCACCCUCCCCCCUAUCUACAAUGAUUAUAUUGAUGCCACUGAAUCCUCAGUUGAUGCUACUGAAUCCUCAGGAGAUGCUACUGAAUCCUCAGGAGAUGCUACUGAAUCCUCAGUUGAUGCUACUGAAUCCUCAGGAGAUGCUACUGAAUCCUCAGUUGAUGCUACUGAAUCCUCAGUUGGUGCUACUGAAUCCUCAGGAGAUGCUACUGAAUCCUCAGUUGAUGCUACUGAAUCAUCAGUUGAUGCUACUGAAUCCUCUGUUGAUGCUACUAAAUCCUCAGUAGAUGCUACUGAAUCCUCAGGAAAUGCUACUGAAUCCUCAGAAGACACUACUGAAUCCUCAGAAGACACUACUGAAUCCUCAGAAGACACUACUGAAUCCUCUGCUGCCGCUACUGAAUCCUCAGGAGAUGCUACGGAGUCCUCAGGAAAUGCAACUGAACCCUCAGGAGAUGCUACUGAGUCCCCAGGAGAUGCAACUGAGUCCUCAGGAGAUGCUACUGAGUCCUCGGGAGAUACAACUGAGACUUUUGUAGAUGCUACAGAAUCAUCUGUUGAAGCUACUGAAUCCUCAGGAGAUGAUUUUGAAUCCCCUGUUAAUGGUACUGAAUCCCCUGCUGAUGCUACUGAAUCCAAUAUAGAUGCUUUUGAUUUAGGAGUAACAACUGAAUCUGCAGAUGAUGCUUCUGAAUCUUCCGGUGAUGCUACUGAAUCUCCUGAUGUUGUUAAUGAAUCUUCCCUGUAUGCAACUGAAUCCACAGGAGAUGCCAUUGAAACAUCUACCACAUCAGAAAUCUACAAUGAUGAUGUAGAGGACGAAGAUGAUACUUCUGAAUUUUCAGGAGACAAUGCUCAGUCGACAGGGGUUGCAACAGAAUCCUCAGAAAUGUCCACUGAAUCCUUUAAAGAUGCUGCUGAAACCACGGAAGAUACAGUAGAAUCCUCUGUAGAUGAAACUAAAUCUCCAAUAGAUGCCUCUGAAUCAGGAGAUGAAACUGAACACUCAGGAGAUGAAACUGAAUCUUCUGGAGAUGAACCUGAAUCCCCAAGAGAUGUAACUGAAUCCUCUGGAGAUGAAUCUGAAUCAUCUACUUCUUCGGACAUCUACGAUGAUUAUGUUGACGCUACUAAAUCAUCUUUAGACACUACAGACUUUCCUGAAGAUAAUACUGAAUCCUCAGGAGAUUCUACUGAAUCUUCAGUAGAUGCUACUGAAGAAACUGCAGAUACUACUGAAGAAACUGCAGAUACUACUGAAUUAUCCGGAAAUGAUACUAAAACAUCAACAUUUUCCAAAAUCCUGAAUGAUGAUUUGGAUGCCAUUGAAGCAACAGAAGAUGCUUUUGAUUCAGUCAGUACUUUGUCUGCUGUUGCUUUGAAUGAUGGAGCUACAACUACUGUAAGUUCUCUUCUCCAAGAGGAGGAUCUUAACUCAGAGAUUGAUUUCCCCAGUUCAACCAUCAGUGCUCUUGACCUACCUUUGGAACAAGGAGAAACAACAACCUAUAGCAUUUCUGAAGUUACAGAUUCUGAAAUGAAGGAACUUGAGGUACUGAAUCAGACCAAGGAGAUUUCUGAUGAAAUUGAUGAAAAUACCAUAACAGAUACCCCUAGAUCUUUCCCCGAAGGUCUAGACAACCUAGACGAAGAGGAGACUUCAUCUACUCCAUCCAUAUUUGAGGAAGCUGAUUCAAAUGUUAAAGCAGCUGACAACGAUUCUGAAGAAACUACAACAUCUACUGCUAUGGACAGCCAGAAAACCACAUCAGCUUCUGCACAGGUUUCAAAUGAAGAGACAGCAACAAGUUCUGAAAAUGUGGCCAAAACUACAACUUUAGGUAGUGAAGUUUUCAAUGAUGAUACCGAGGAUGUGACCACUGAAGUUGAACAAGGCCCUUUUAAAGAGGAUGACGAAGUUGCGUCAGCUGCUUCUAGAGAUUCUGAUGAAGCUUCAACAACCUCUACCAUGGAUGAUGAAGAAUCUGCCACAGCUGCUUCUGAAGAUUCUAGUGAAACUUCAACAAUGUCUUCCAUUGAUAGCAAGUUAGCAAUCACUGCUGCUUCCAAAGAUUCUGAUGAAGCUACAACGGAUUCUGCAAUGAAUGAAGAUGAUGCCAUCACAGCUGCUUCCACAGGUUCUGAUGAAACCUCAACAAAUUCUGCAAUGGAUGAAGAUGAAACCAUCACAGCUGCUUCUGCAGAUUCUGAUGAAGCUACAACAGAUUCUGCAAUGGAUGAAGAUAAUGCUAUCACAACUGCUUCUGUGGAUGAUAAAAAAGCCACUACUGCUGCUGUAAGAGAUUCUGAUGAAGCCACAACAACUUCUACUAUGGAUGAUGCGGCACCAUCUACCACAAAUAAUGAAGAAGUAGCAACAACUACUGAUGUUACAGAGAUACAAAAUGAUGACACAGAUGAGUAUACAACAUCUGCUACAAAUGGCGGUGAUGAAGAUGUUUUAACAGUUGCCAGUGUUGAGGAGGAAACUGAAACAGAAGUUUCCAAUGCUGAUAAAGAAGUUUCUAUGGUUACUGUAAAUAUUGAAGAAGAUGCUGAUAAAUCUACAACAUCUGCCACCAAUGUUGAUGAGGAAACAUUAGCAACCAACAAGGAGACUACAAUUGCUGUUGUUAAUUCUAAUAAAGAAAUUGAGGUCUCAAUUACCAGCAGUGUUGAGGAAGCAACAACUCCUGUCACUGAUGAUAAUGAAGAAGCUGUAACCAUAGCUACUGAUGCUGAUGGGGAAGCUGUGACAUCUGCGACAUCUGUUUUCAAUGAUGAUUUUGAAGCGACAACUGAUUCCAAGAUUGCAAAUAUUGAUGACGAGUCUAAUUCUAGCUCAACCCAGAUAACGGAAUCAAUUGAGAGCAUGACAACGGUUUCUCCAACAGGAAUGGAUUCUUCACCAGAUGUCUCUGAGAGUACUGGAGAAGAUGAAAGCACAACAAAAUCUCAGAAGAUACUCACCGUAACAACAGUAACAGUUCUAUCAGUUCAGGAAUCUGAUGAUACAACAAUUGUCGUUACAACUGCCAGACCUGAGAUACUUAACGACGACACCGAUGAAACAACAAUAGCGUCUGAUGACACUGAAGGGGUUCAUGAGUUUGAUUGUGUUGAGAUUGAGCAGGGCAAGCUGGAAACUACAUUAGAUCAGAUCCCAAUGGAAUGUACUGAUAAGAACGGAGAGGAGAAAAGUCAUGUUUAUAUUGUAAUUAAUAAGUCCCAGGUAGAUCCUGAGAAUCUGUUUGCCAAAAAUGUUAAAGUACUUGUUAAAGAUUUUAUGAUAAUGGAUGUCAGUAAUAGUCCAGAAAUCAGAUAAUUAUUUUUUUUCUCUUCUCAUUAAACUAUUCUAAUCAAAACUCCAAAAUAUGUACUCCAUCGCAUACAGUAAAUAUAUUUGUCAUAAAUGGUGUGCUGAAUGAACUUGGAUAAGGAUUAUUUAUAUUUCACUGAACAUUGAAUGAAUGAAUGGGCAUUGUAAAGAAAUUAGUAUUAUGUUUUCUUCUUGUAGAAUAAACACCUUACAGUAUUA